AACACAAAACAAUGGCGAUGGCAACAGCGACGGCCACGAUGGAGUCGUCCAAGACCCUGAUACAGACAGAGACUAGAGUACAGCGCAGCUACCAAGAAGUGCAGCAGCAGGUGGUAACAGAUCAGCGCCAGGUCGUCGAAAAGGUCAAGAAGAAGAAGUCAAUGAGACGGCAUAAUAAGGAUGAGGGUACUAUUUCCGUGUCAAAAAGUUCCGAGAAACUCUUCAAGAAAAUGAAAGCAGCGCAAGAGACGGACUCCAACCCUCAAUGCGAGAAGUGCCAACGACCUGUCUAUGCCAUGGAGCGUGUCAAGGCCGAACGCAGGGUCUGGCAUAAGGAAUGUUUUAGAUGCGUUCAGUGCAAUAAGCAACUUACAAUGGAGACGUACCAGAGUGACCACACUACGCUGUACUGCAAGCCGCACUUCAAACAGCUCUUCGAGCCGAAACCCGUCGACGACGGCGAAGACGAAACCGAUGCUAAGCCUAAGAAACACCAAAUGAUCAUCUGCGAGAGUAACCCCGUAGAACUGCCCCCCGACGUCGUCAGAGCGUCAGACAAGCCGGACCUGGGUCUUGAAGAGCUGUCCCAGCUGGACGUCAAGUCCCGCUUCGAGGUGUUCGAGAAGAAAAACAAGUCGAAUAACGAACCACGCACUCCCGAACCACGUGCGCCGAGGGAAAAGAGCACUGCCCUGCUUUCAAAGUUGGCUAAAUUCAAGGCGAAAGGCAUGGACGUCGGCGUCUCCGACGAAUACCUGAACGGGGUGCCUGUCGAAGCUAGCUCCAGCGAACCUGAGGAAGAAGAAGACGAUGACGACUCAGUGCUUCGGAAGUCAUAUAAGCACACGUCUACGAAAGAGCAGCCGGUAGCCUUCAGCAACAUGAGCGAAAUUGUCGGCAAGUUCGAAAAGGGCCAGGAUUCGAAUUCGGAAAGGCAUCGCGAGAGGAAACAGGAGAUACAGAAUAUAAGGAGCAGAUUGUUUAUGGGCAAGCAAGCCAAGAUCAAAGAGAUGUACGAACAAUCCGUUCUGCAAAGUGAGCAAGGCAUAACAUCAGCUGAAAAGAUAGCACGCGAAUUAGAUCUGGACGCGGAGAAGGCGCGCGCCAUCAAAGAGCGGUUCGAGACUGGAGAGGUGUUCAACGACGAGAAUCAGCCCCCAAAGAAUCGGGAGAUCGAAGACCGUUCGCUGUUUAACGAGGGCAUUGGAAAGAAAUCGCGAUCAAUCUUCCUGGAACUGGAUGCUAAUGCUAAAAAUUUGACGAUGUCGCCCACCUCGCCGCCGCCACAGCAGCCGCCUAAGAGGAAAGAGAUUCCAUUCGUUCCAAAAGACGUCGUCCGCGCCGAGGACAAAGUGGAGGACGUCCGGAUCGAAACUGCGGAUAUAUCAGACCGGUUUCGCUUCUUCGAGACGUACAAGCCGGAGGCCACACGCAAGGAGUUCCGCAUGACGCCGCCUAGGCAGAUUCAGCGCCCGAAAUCUCCCUCGCCGGAAGUGUACCACGACCCCUGCGUGGUACGCAGCGCGGAACCGGCCGUGGACACAAGCUUCGCGGCCGACCGCCACACGGCCUCCAGGAUGAUCUCCGUCUUCAGGCAGAUGGAGGAAAAGCAGCAUAAGCCCGAGGAAACUCAUGGUCCCAAACCCCUGAAGCGCUUCACUCCCCCUCCCCCCGGCGAGACCAACCACCGCGGUGAUUCUUCCGAGGAGGAGUAUUCCUCUGAAGAGGAAUACGAAGAGGACAGUGAGGACGAACGCAGAAGGCUCUAUAUCGAAGCUAGAGAGAGGGACGAGGCUCUUAAACAGGCACAGCAGCUGGCACGCACCAAAAGCUUCCGCGACCGCUUCGAGAACUGGUCCGAGUCUGAACAGAGGGAGCCUCGACAGAACGUCGUCAUCGAUCGGCAGUACGAAGACGAUGACGGCGAGUCGCAGCUUGAGACAGCCAAGAGUUUGCGCGCAAAAUUCGAGAGCAUGAAGGUUCAACAAAGUAACGUGCAGAAAUCUGCUGUACCCAAAGUUAACAGAUUUGUGUGACGGCGCAGCACUUGGCGCAAGAAUACCAAAGCAUUGUUUUAACCCGUUUUUUUUUCACUGUAAAGUUAUGUCUAUAUACUCUAGUUGGUAAGACCAGGUUGUAACCGUUUCUGUAUUUGACUAUUUAAUUAACUAUUAUUAGACAAAAUUAAAAGAUUAAUUAUAUAUAUUUUACAUUGGAUAGAUAACUUGAUUAUAGACUUUUUUUCUUCGGUAUUGUCUAUGUUAGUAAGUUUUUUUUGUUAGUUUUGUCUGGCACGCUGCUUUCGGCGAUCACUGUUGUCCUUUUUUACUCUUUGACAUCCUCGAUAGUCCAAGAUUUGCACUAUGGGUGCUGUAUGAGAAGUUCCAGAUUCGAUUCCCGGUAAAACCAAUUUGGGUGAUGAACUUUUCUAAAUUGUUUUGAUCUGGUUGUUUCGAGUAUAAUGAAUUCCGUUGUUCUGGUACUUGGAUAUUCCCUAGUUUGAUACCGGGUUAUUGGCGUGGUUGUUUGCUGAGUAAGAACUUGGCGUUCAAAAAAUAUCAGAUACACAUACAGAGUACUAAAAAAACCGACCUCAAAAGUCAUUCAUCCCCUAGUUUGCCACCCUUCGAGGUGGAAUAUUUUCUUCAAAUGUAAAUGGGACCACUACUGAGGUACUCCUCCUUUUUUGUAGUCGGUUAAAAAUAAACAAUCUACACUGAAGAAAUAGAUACGGUAAACAAAGUUAAACAACCAAAAAAAGAUCUGCCAAGCACAGAAAAAUUCGUAAGGUCCGCAGGUUCGUUCCGUGGCUUAAUUGGCAUAGCGUCUGGCACGAUUUGCUAGAAGACGUUGGUUCGAAUCCAGCUGGAUCGAAGGAUUUUUUUAUAAGUGUAGUAGUAACUUUUAUAAGUGAGGAAUUUCAAAGAAAAUUGAAUAUUAUGGUGUUGAAACAUUCCGUCAUUCAAUGAAGUGUUAAUUACAAACACUCUACACUUAUCGCUCUUAUAAUGAAUGUAACCACACUAAAGACGAGCUACUAACUUAUCUAUUUCUGCUGCCGCCAAGCAAUAAUGCUGGCAUUGCUGCGUUCCAGUGCUGGUGUGAUUACAAUGGAUUACAGGCACCUGUGACUUGUCAGCUUUGUGUCACAGGGUUACGGGCGCAGUGGCAGUGUCAGUGCAAAUCUUAAAAUCUAUCUAUCCAAUGUAUUUUUUGUUCUAUAUUUAAUUUCUAUUACAGUUCUUUUAUCUGUCUUAUUACUCUCAGAGCUUGUUGAACUGGAACCUAUUUUUAAGUAUAUACAACGAACAGAAUAAGUUGAUCCUCGCCGUAUUGCAAAAUAUUAAACAAGGCAUUUCUUGAAUUGCUCGUGUAGAAGAAUAAUCUCACAGUAUACUGAAUGGUUGUACAAGUCAAAGCCAGUUUAAGUUGACAUCAGGGACGCGUCACGCUGGGGACUGUUGGUAAAAUUCUUAUUCUGAUCAAAGAUCCUGGUUUUUGCCACACUACAAAAUUAAUAACAAAUUACUUCGUGCAAGAAACCAUUUUUUUAAUCUUUUAUCUAUAUGACCGUUAAAUAUGGAAGUGACUAAGAAAAAUCCCAUACAGCCAAGUCGUCUGCUCGUUUCUUUCAGAGCACUGCGUGUGUGUUAUUUUUGUUUUGUUUUAAAAGGGUCUAUGGUUAGUUCAUUAUUAUUGUUAUUUAAUUAUUAAGUUAAAAAGAUGGACAAAUAAUUAGGAAAAAAAAUUCCAAAAAUUACUGAAUGAUACCAAUAAAUAUAUUCUCAGUUAUAAACGGAUAAUUAAAUGUUAUGCAUAAAUAAAAAUAAUCACAUUAUUUCUUAAGCGGAAUUUUCCCGCUUUUCAGUAAUCUAUUUUUGUAAACAUAUUUGCAUAAUUUCCUUACAUUUUUUGAGAAAAGGUCUAUACAUACCUCGGCGGGAACGUAAAUGUCCCUGGCUCUAAUUUUCCGACCUCGGUUUUACCUCGUAUUUUCAACCAACUGGUACAGUAAUUUCAAGCUCCGAAAGUAACUCUUUACAUUUAACAGAAUUGUAGGCAAUUAAAUUAAUAAUUUUAAAUGUGUAUUUAUGUAUGUUUAGGACGUAAUAGUGACUGCAUUUGCGCGAGUGCCUUAUAAUGUGCAAUUGAAAAAAAAGUUUUUUACUGACAUAGUGUUAGGUUUCAAUAAGAUAUGUGUUCAUAUCUUAUGUGAGCUCUCUAAAAUGUUGGAAAUUGAUAAACUUCAACCAAACUUAGUAAAAACAAACUACAAUUGUCUAAUAUUAAGAUUUCUUGUAAAGUCCUAGCUUUGGAAGUAAUUCAAAUAAUUACCAUUGAGAAAUUCUGAAUUUCGAAAAAACUCGCAUAGCGAAGCUUGGAUUUUAUUAAUUUAUACUGUAUUAUUAACCAGUUCUAUUAUUUUCAAUUUGAUAUUUCAUAAAUAAUAUAAUUUUAAAUACACUGGUUUAUUUGUAACCUACUAACAACCUCACAGGCCAAUAUUAUUAUUAUUUUCCAUGAAUUUUUACGAAACAUAAAGAAACUUACGAAAAAUAAACUUUUCAGUAUUUGGUGUACUAUCUGACACUUUCUAGAUCUGCAUUGAAAGGUAAGAAGUUCAAAUGUGCAAGCCUCCUCCCCGACGUGCGUUUUGCAUCGUACCAUUUACCGCACAGAGUUAUCACCGUUUAGAACGAGUAAAAUCCGAUGAAUUAUUAAAAGACAUGGAACAAAAGUUGUUUAUGAUACUUGUAAUAUAGGUUUGCGAUUUUGCCAGUGUUUUACAAAUAACCAUGUGUAAUAAUGACAUCCUGUUUAUUUACUGAGUUUGUAAAGAAGCCGUAAUCGUAUUGUUACAUAAAAAAUAGAAAAACUGAAUACUGAUCUUGCCAUUGAACUAAAAAAUUAAAUAAUUAAAUUUAAAAUUUAUUUUAUUCUCUAGUGCCAUUAUUAAUUCAUCAUUAUUUCGCUUUUAUUUAUCAAUUAUAUUUACACAACAAAAAAAUACACACGCCAGCACGUUUAGUGGAACAUUAGUAAAAAAGUACCAAAAUAAUGCAAUAUGUUUUCGUAACACUGCCCGGUUAUUUUACUUUUUUUAUUUUAUGACUAAGUUGAAAAUUAAAAAAUUGUCGACUGUGAUUUUUUCAUUCAUUUUCUUUUAAUUUUGUUUUUCGAGCUGUAAGUGGUGUUACGUUCUUGCAAAUUUAGUAAAAAGUUUAUUUAGCUAUAUAAAUUUUGAUAAUCCAUUUUCUGUUUAAAUUUUUCCGUUCAAUUUCCAACAGUUCUUGCUUUGCCACAAAGUGUAAAAGAAUGCAUUUUGUUUAAUUUCCAUUUUUUUUUUCAAUAUAGGCUGUACUAAGACGAUAUGUUUAAAGACGUUAAUUGAAUUGAUACUUUAUAUCGAAUAUCCUAUUUAUUUAAAUAUAAACGUUACUGUUUUAUAUUCUCAUUUUUUUGUUCCGCUAAAUGUGCCAGCAUGUGUACUUAUUGUAGUUUUAGCAUGUUAUAAAAUCAUUUUUAUUCUAGUUAAUUUUAUGAUCUGACUGAGAAUCGUCUAUAUUUAUUUGUUUGUACUUAAAAAGUUAUUUUGUCCUUUUUUCAUUAUUUAUAAUGUA